AUGUCGCUGCCCAAGACAUUCAAGCAAGCAGCGUUUCGCUCGGCGGGCGCGGACCUGACCGUCGAGGAUGCAGAGCUGAAGCUGCCCGGGCCCGGCGAGGUGCUCGUCAAGGUGGAGGCCUGCGGCGUGUGCUUCUCGGACUCGUUCGCCCAGCGCAACGGCAUGGGCGGUGUCUUUCCAGCUGUCCCGGGACAUGAGAUAAUCGGCCGUGUUGUGGCUGUCGGCGACGGGGGCAAGGAGGAGUAG